UAACUGGACCCCUGCAGGAUGAGCUGCUCUGCACCAGCUCGACUAUUCUUGUGUCUGUUGUUGUGCGUCCGGCUGCUUGUCGACAUGUGGAAGGUCAAACCUCCAGUUGUGUUCCCGAUGGAGACCAGGUACCGGACGGUUUUAGAGAGUUUGGUUCCCCCCGACCCCAUGUCCCAGUUCCGGCUGAAGAGAGGUUCCCCCGAGGACGAGUUCCCUGACCUGUGCAGGAACUGGACCUGGAUGGGACGGAUCCUCACGGGGGACAUGUACCGCCGACAGUUCAACCGCUGCACCCGGAGCGGAGUCGUCUUCGAUGAUGUCAUCCGCCCGGGCCUGGAGGAACCAGGUGAUGGUUCAGGUCCUGUGUCGGUGGGAUGUUCUGCUGGUGACGCCGAGUCCUACAUCGUGUUCUGUGACUUCUUCGACCGAGUCAUCGAAGCACAUCACCAACACAAGAUCACCAGCCAGACGCCAGAGAGUGACCUCAACCACCACAACCUGAAGGGCGGCGAGGACCUGGACGGCUCGUACGCUGUCGGCUGUGAGGUGAGCGUGGUCCGAUCUGUCCACGACUUCUGCUUCCCGACCCACUGCAGCCGAGGAGAGCGCAGACAGCUCCUCACCCUGGCCAGGAGAGCUCUGCAGCGGCUGGAGGAGGAGCUGCCUGGUCGAUUCCUCCUCCUGGAGGAGCUGGACCAGGACCAGCAGCGGGAUCUGAACCUGAGUCCACCGUCGUCCGCCCAGCAGCGGGUCGGCGUGGCCCGGGACUGGCCUGAUGCCAGGGCUGUGUGGCUCAGUGACGAUGGCAGCCUAAAGGUCUGGGUCAACAUGGAGGACCACCUCAGACUGGUGUCCACACAAGACCACGCCAACAUCGUGGAGGCUUUUAAAAGCAGCUGCAUCAACCUGCAGAAGCUCGGGGCGUCCUACAGCGAGCUCCACCACCCGUUCACCUGGAAGCAGCAGCUGGGAUGGGUGAUGAGCUCUCCAGCUGACGUGGGCACAGGCCUGAAGGUCAGCGUCCACCUCCACCUGCAGCACCUCCCCCGACACAAGCGCCUCCAGGACAUCCUGCAGAGACUCAGGAUUCGUUUGAACAGAACAGAAUCCUCUCUGUUGUGUCUCGUGAGCAACACGGUGACCUUUGGCCUGAGCGAGGUGGAAGUGACCCAGCUGGUGGUGGACGGGGUCAAGCUGCUCAUCUCCAUGGAGAAGAGGCUGGAGGUGGGCGGAGUCAUCGACGACCUCCUUCCGACUCAGAAGUAAAAAAACUCAUAUCUGUGAAUGUGUCU